AUGGACUGGUCAAGAAGACCCUUCGACUACUGUCCAGGUUCAUUCUGGUCGUUAUGGUCCAUGGUGAUCACAAAAGGAUUGGAACUGGAAGAAACUAAACAAGUGGUAAUUACCGGACAUUCAACUGGCGGCGCGUUGGCGGCACUCACCGCACUUUGGCUUCUCUCACAACCUUCUCCGCCGCCAUUCCGCCUCCUCUGCAUCACCUUCGGCUCUCCUCUGCUCGGAAACCAAUCUUUCUCUUUCUCAGUGUCCCGAUCACGUUUAGCCUACAAGUUCUGCCACGUGGUGUCCAUCCACGACCUCGUUCCUAGAGGAAAUGCUGAUCGAUUCUGGCCCUUCGGAACCUAUCUCUUCUGCUCCGACAGUGGAGGUCUUUGCUUAGAAAAUGCUGAUUCAGUUUGUGGGAUGUUUCGUAUACUCAACUCGACAGGAACUCCAAACAUUGAGGAACAUCAAGGGUACGGAUAUUACGUGUCCACACUCUCUUACCAGUUUCUUAUAUCUAGAAGCUUUCGUGGUGGACGUAUCUCAGACAAUAGCUACGAAGCUGGUGCUGCAUUAGCUGUUGAGUCUCUAGGAUUCUCUAAUGAUCAAGAAAUUGGUGUGUUGGUGAAAGAGUGCAUAGAAACAGCUACAAAGAAAAAUCGUGCUCCGAUUUUGAGAACGAGUGAGUUACCAAAGCACAUUGAAUGGUACAAACAUAAUUGCGACGUGUCAACAAAGCAGUUCGGUUACUACGAUAACUUUAGACAAUUCUCAAAUACAAGAGAGAUAAGGGUGAACAUGAGUCGGGCAAAGCUAGCUAAGUUUUGGGAUGGCGUGUUUGAAAUGGUGGAGAAGAAUGAGUUACCUUUUGAUUUUUAUCUGGCAAAGAAAUGGGUAUACACAUCAAAGCUUUACCAACUCUUAUUCGAACCACUCGACAUUGCGUACUUCUACAAGUACAAAUACUCAAGGACGAGUGGUCAUUACAUGAAGAGUGGGAAUAGACCCAAAAGGUAUGAAGUGAUUGAUAAGUGGUGGAAAGCAAGAGGAGAGCCUCAUAAAGAGAAGCGUGCGAGGACUCGAUACGCUAGCACUACGCAGGAUACUUGCUUUUGGGCUAAGCUUGAGGAAGCAAAAGAGUGUUUGGAUGAUCUGACCUGCGAGAGUAGUGAUGCACAGAAGCAAACUUUGUUAUGGAAAAAGAUUUAUGAGUUUGAGAGAUACUCCGCUACAUUGGUGAAGAUGAAGGAAGUUUCGAAAGAUGUCUUGGCGACGAACUCGAGUUACACUGUGUGGGUGGAGAAACUAAGAGAGUUCAACAAGUUAAAAAUGAGUAAUGGAGUUGUUGAUGAGAGUGACGCAAUGGAGACUUAGUAGGAUUAAUAGCAAAUCUAACAUGAUAUGCUAUAUAACAACCUUUAUCAAUUGCUGUUCAUGUUUAUGUAAUAUUUUCUCAUGUAUGCUACUAUAUUCUAAGACGAUGUUUAUCUUUAUGUUCAAUAAGUUGAUACAA